GAAAACGAGGUUUGGGAUUCAAGAUGGAAGCGAACUAUCUUUCAUUCUUGUCAUUGAAUUUCUAUCAGUUUUAAGAUUUUAUAUGGGAAAACAGUAUCCGACAAUGUGAUGAUGCUGCGAAAGAAUCAGAUACUUGCAUUGAAUUGAAUUCUUCUCAUGCCUACCCCCUCCACCACACCCACCCACAACAACCAGUUUCAAGAACAAGUCCACAUCAGGCUCUAGUAUGGAAGUAGAUCUAUGUUGUCGUGAAGAACUGAGUGUGUUUACUAUAACAUGGUUUAUUUGGACGACAUUCUGUUGAAGACGCACGUUAUGGGAUAAGAAGUAUCUUGGUUUUGUCUGACCUGUAUCUAAGUCAAGUUUACAGGCCUCAGUGUGGCAACAUUGUGGAUUGAUGAGAAAUGCGACGGAAAAGACAUUGUUCAUGAAAGGACAUGAUGGAAAGAACAUUGUUUUUGCAUUUGUAAGAAAAGCUAUGGAAAUGACAUUGUUUGUGUGUUGUGAAAGAAUGUGAUCAAGAGGAUGUUAUUUAAUUAUUUAUGAAUCAAGGACUAACAGAGGACAUAGUUUGUGUGUGUGAUAUUUAUUUAAAAAAGGAAUGAGUGGCGACAUUAUUUAUAAUAUAUUUAUGAUAAAAUGGGACUAGAGAGAACAUUAUUCAUAGAAAGAGCAUGACAGAGAGGAUUUGUUCAUAGAAAGAGCUUGACAGAGAGGACUUGUUCAUGGGAAGUGUUGGAGAAGACAUUGUUCAUGGGAAGGGUGACAGAGGUGGCACUGUUGAUGUAUUUCAUAUAGAAUCACCCAUAUCUUGAGUAACAAUAAUGGAAGAUGAGAUGCACACACAAGUUCAUCAGAUGGCCAUUCAUCCCAAAGCUAAAUUCGAGGUGAAUGGAAACUACGAUCACAACAUUUGUCUGGAAGAUCUGCAUCUAGAUUCAGAUCACCAGUCGAAAGUCAUUCACAAAGGAUUCGGCUGUCCGAUCGUAACCAAGACGAUGGAGGUUACCACGCAGCCGCUGAGGUCAGCGUGCGUACUGGGGCCGAUGUCGGCAGAGUCCAUGUCAGGGUUCGCACAAGUCGUCAAUGGUAGCCAUGGUAACAGUGACGAGAAAGAUGAUGCAACUCACCCGACUUCGUUGGGUGAAGGGUCCAUGGGUGCACAGCAUGAAAACGAUAUUGCUUCUCCCAUUGUCAAAGACAACGACGGUGAUGAUAUAGUGCUGCCACCUGGUGAUGAUGAUGUAUUGCUGCCAACUGAUGGUUCGGAGGUGCUUGAAGCACAAGACUCUAGUCUUUCUGGAGACUGUGAUUCUCUGCUGCAGGUCGGUGAUAAUGAUUUGUUGUCAUCAUCGAAUCAAGAUGAAUCGUGUUCUAACGACGGCAAAGAUCGCGGAAUCGAACGGUCGGUUUCCUUUGUUGAAGACUAUGAUGAUUCGAAUGUGGAGUCUCUCUGUGAUAUGUCGGAAGAAAUCGUCGAUAGAAUGGGAAUAAGUUUUGUUGAGGAAAAAGAAGUGGAUAAUUCUGGAAAGUUGCUGAGGCUGUCAAACAUCAGCCGGAUGAUUACUGUUUGUAGGACAGGAAGGAACAGUAAGAAUUUAAAAGAGAAGCCGCCAUUAAUGCCGGGUACGAAGCGCAAAUCGCAGACGACGCAGUCCUGGCUACUGAGGUUGUUUGAAUCAAAAAUGUUUGACAUGUCCAUAGCUAUUUCAUAUUUGUUCAAUUCGAAGGAACCUGGUGUUCAGACGUACUUAGGCAAUCGUAUGUUCAGUUUUAAAGAGGAGAAUGUCGACUUCUAUCUGCCGCAGUUGCUCAACAUGUACAUACAUAUGCAUGACGUGGCCGAGGCCAUCCACCCGUAUCUAGUCCACAGGUGUCGAAACAGUGUGGAGUUUUCUAUUUCCACCGCCUCGCUCCUCGGUGCCUACUCCGCGGACGUUCUGAAACCAUCGUGGAAAAACUCUCAAGGGGUCAAGUUCAGAAAUAUGAUUCUCAAUGAAGAAUUACGACCACCUGCCCAAUUGAAGCCGACCUCUUCAUCGAUGGUUCAUUGUGUACCGUUUCAGUCUCCGUCACUACCCACAAGCUCAAAGAAAACUCAUCAUAGGUCACGGUCGGAUGCCACAGGUUCGUCCCUGAAACACAGCAAAACGUCCCCGAAUCUCCUCCAGUCUGGUGAUCUGUCAUCUGGUCGAGCGUUCGACAACUGCUGUAGUUGUCACUCGAGUUCCGUGGCCGUGAUUAAUGACCUGACUGGCCGGGAAACACUCUGUACUUGUUCGGCUCCUAGACUGAUGCCUGAACAGGAACUGGUUCGAGCACUCAUGAACAUCGGUCAGAAACUUCAGCAGCUACCAACCAAAGAACUGCGCACAUCCCGGUUAAUAGCUGACCUGGCCAUGUUGAAUCUGAAUCUACCAGCGCGAGUUUGGCUUCCGAUUUCAGAAAGGGGAGACCACCACAUCGUGCGCAUCCCGCACACGCAGGCGGUCGUACUCAACUCGAAGGAGAAGGCUCCGUAUCUGCUAUACGUGGAGGUGUUGGAGUGUGAGAGCACGAUGUCGUGUCAGCUGCCUGGCAAGCUGCUGGAGAACACGCUCAGAUACACGCGGUCCGAGGAGGACUUGACCAUCCACUACACUGCGCGGCCCGGCGGAUCGCCCAGGACCGAGGUCAGUGUGUGCGCGCCAAAUGCUGACUUCGACGACGCAGACUGCUGGUCACAGGAAGACGACGAAAUCAUUCAGUUUGCCAUGCGAUGUCGGUCAAGCGACACGAUUUCACAGAUCUCGACGGAGAGUUCUGCCAGUGCCGACAGCAAGGAUCCUGUUUAUAUCGCGGCGGGGGACAUUCGCAGAAGGCUGUCGGAAAACAUUGCCACACCCAAAGGGAAAUUUGAGCGGGAUCCUGAAGACCCAUCGGCGGCCGCUCUCAAGGAACCCUGGGAAGACAAAGUUCAGCGAAUCCGAGAUACGUCACCGUACGGUCACAUGCCGCACUGGCGUCUUCUGUCUGUGAUCGUCAAGUGUGGGGACGACCUGCGCCAGGAACUGCUAGUCUACCAGGUCCUCAAACAGUUACAGAAUCUGUGGGUCGAGGAGCAUGUUCCACUGUGGAUCCACCCAUAUAAGAUUGUGGUGACCAGUAACGACAGUGGAAUGAUCGAGCCAGUGGUGAACGCCAUUUCCCUGCAUCAGAUUAAGAAACACAGCAAGCUGACGCUCCUCGAGUACUUCGUGCAUGAGUUCGGACCGCCCAACAGUGAGGGCUUCCUCACCGCACAGAAGAACUUCGUCCAGAGCUGUGCCGGCUACUGCCUCGUCUGCUAUCUGCUGCAGAUCAAAGACAGACACAACGGAAACAUUCUCCUCGACUCUGAAGGUCACAUCAUUCACAUCGACUUUGGAUUCAUUCUCUCUAGCUCUCCUGGCAAAAAUCUUGGUUUUGAAAAUUCACCGUUCAAGUUGACCCACGAAUUUGUAGAGGUGAUGGGCGGUUUGGGCAGUGACAUGUUCGAGUACUUCAAGAUCCUAAUGCUGCAGGGAUUCUGUGCAUCGAGGAAACACAUGGACAAGAUUGUUCCCAUUGUCGAGAUCAUGCAGAUGGGGUCACAACUGCCUUGCUUCAGCCGCGGCAUGAGCACAAUCCGGUCUCUGAAGGAGCGUUUCCACAUGAACCUGACGGAGGAGCAGCUACAGCUCCUGGUGGACAACCUCGUCGAGUCGAGUCUUCACUCGCUCACCACCAAACUGUACGACGGAUUUCAGUACCUCACCAACGGCAUCCUCUGAUGAAUUUCAAUAUUUCACCAAUGGGAUUCUCUGAUGAAUUUCAGUAUCUCACAAAUGGGAUUCUCUGAUGAAUUUCAGUAUCUCACAAAUGGGAUUCUCUGAUGAAUUUCAAUAUCUCACAAAAGAUUUCAGUACCUGACCAAUGGGAUGCUCUGAUGAAUUCCAGUAUAUCACAAAUGGGAUUCUUUGACAAAUUUCAGUACCUGACUAAUGGGAUUCUCUGAUGAAUUUCAGUACUUCACCAAUGGGAUUCUAUGAUGAAUUUCAGUAUAAUGCAAAUGGGAUUCUCUGAUGAAUUUCAGUAUAAUGCAAAUGGGAUUCUCUGAUGAAUUUCAGUAUAACACAAAUGGGAUUCUUUGACAGAUUUCAGUACCUGACUAAUGGGAUUCUCUGAUGAAUUUCAGUACUUCACCAAUGGGAUUCUAUGAUGAAUACAAAUGGGAUUUACUGAUGAAUUUCAGUAUAACACAAAUGGGAUUCUCUGAUAACCAAGUAGUGCUAUGGAUUUCAGUACCUGAAAAUAAAAUUUCAGUGUCUUGCAAAUGUUUUUUUUUUCUCUUGACAGCUUGACAAAUAGCUGUAAUGUAUCUCACUACCUUGCAAAAUGGUAUUCUCUAAUAAAACCAUUUCAGUAGCUGACAAAAGACAUCCAUUACCACUAAGCUGUAUGAUGGGUUUCAGUAUCUCACAAGCGAGAUUCACCGAUAAAACCAUCUUUACAAAGAAUUUCAGUACUUGACAGAUAGAUGGAAGGGAUUCAGCACUUGAGAUAUCAUUAUCAUGGAUUUCUUUACUUCACAAAUGGUAUUUUCUAAACUAUAUCUACAAUGAUUUUCAGUACUCAAAUGCUGCUCUCUGAAAACGGAAUUCUCUUAUGAAACAAUCGUUUUGACAAAUGUCAAUAGCAGACAAUCUGCGUUCGUUGACAGAAGGAACAAAUUGUGGAUUUCGGAAGUCGACAAAUGAAAUUAUUUAUUAAUAUAAGCUGUUUAAUAAUGGAUUAUGGUAAAGCAAGUGGCUGUAUAAGACUUGGUAGCAGACAUUAUCGGAUAAAAUGAGCCCCGAAAAAGAAUUUGUCAUUCAGAGUAGUCAUAGAUAAUUAAAAUCGGAUUCUGACUCUUUGCCAAGAUAGUUGAGGGGCUAUAGAUUGACAGUACAAGUAAAAUAUCUGAUUCACGUUGCCCAGCAGCGUACUGCCAAUCUGUGCCAGACGUUCACCAUAAUGAAAGAAACUACUAUGUAUUUCACCAACUUGAAGCUCACAUUGCCAGAAGAAAGAAACUGCUGUGUAUAUCAUCAACUAGACAACAGCAUUGUCCCAUGAAACAAGCUAAGUUACAGCUGAAAACAAAGAAAUAAACUGGGAACCAAAACAAAUCUGAUGAAGCAAACAAAGAAAAAACUCAAGAAUGGUUGGAAAUUAUUGGUAGUGUUCUUGUUAGUGACCUAAAAGAGAAAGAUAAGAGGCAAACACAUCUUAACACGACGGUUCGUUCCACUGGCUAUGAAGAGGCAAACAUGUCUUAACACGAUGAUUCGUUCCACUUGCUAUGAAGAGGCAAACAUGUCUUUAACACGACGAUUCAUUCCACUGGCUAUGAAGAGGCAAACAUGUCUUAACACAAUGAUUCGUUCCACUCGCUAUGAAGAGGCAAAUGCGUCUUAAAACGAUUUGUUCCACUCGUUAUGAAGAGGCAAACAUGUCUUAACACGACGAUUCGUUCCACUUGCUAUGAAGAGGCAAAUGCAUCUUAACACGACAAUUUGUUCUACUCGCUAUGAAGAGGCAAACACGUCUUAACACGACAAUUCGUUCCACUUGCUAUGAAACCAAAUAAGACUGCUACCUUUUGUCUAUGUAGCUAUAAGCUACACAGUUAUUGUUUCAGAAGCCCAGAUUUGGGAAUCAUUAUGGUGCCAUGGUGAAGACUAAUGGUAGAGAUGAGGUGUCUGGUUUCAGAAGCCCAGAUUUGGGGAUCAUUACGGUGCCGUGGUGAAGCCUAAUAAUAAGGGUGAAAUGUCCACAAUAAAAUAUCUUCGUAAUGUAAAUAUAUCUGACAGGUUAUGCCAGAUGGGGAAGGUGAUCCUAUCCAUCCCUUCAGUUGAGUACGUGACUUAUAUGCCUAUAAAUGCAAGAAAUACAAACACUUCUCAUCCUUCACCAGGGAUAUACCAAAUAUAUGUCAUGGUUUAAAUGUUACUUACAUCACCACACUAUUGUACAGCCUGUCUACAUUUAGAUGUAUGUCAUCCAUCGAACACAGUCAAUGCAGUUGCUUUAAUUGAUAUAUGUUUGUUUUUUAAUAUCUCAAGUGAAAGUUGAGUAGUAUAUAAUAUUAUGUUAUAAUAAAUGUAAGGAAAAUGACGAAUGACCGAAAUUAGAAAAUGUUUGCUGGUAGAUGGAAAUGCCUGCCAGAUAAAAAUGUGAACAUUAAAGUAAACAGCGCCAUGAUAAUUGUAUAUACUGUAUACACAGCUGGAUGCCAAGCAUGCAUAGAUGUCAUCUGUCAAGGAUUUUCAGGUCUAAGGAUCAGUCCGUGAAAAAACAACAAUAUGCCAGUUUUGAGAUGCCUGCAUUUCUGAUAAAAGGGGGCUGUACUAAAUUGUUGGAUGUUUACUUGCAAGUGUAAUUAUGUAGCUUGAUAGAAGACUAUGAAGAAACAAUUUUUAUGAAAGGUGCCGAUAUGAAAGGUGUUGAUGUGUGCUGUACUAAAUGUAUUUAAUUCUAUAUGGAAAAUAUUAAUGGCGGAUGUGUAACUUGGUCGACUGUAAUAGAGAAUUUUGUGGUUUUAAUUGGUGGAAAUGAACUUUUUUUGUGGCUGCAAAUGAAAUGGAUUUUGUUUGUGGUUUUAUGUGACCAGUUCUGAUUGGGUUUGAAGUACGGUUCAGCAACAACCAAAGUGCUAAUCAAAACUUCAUAAACAUUCUUGGCUUUGCGCAGCACGUUUUGAUUGGUUGCUUGUUUUGGCUUUGUAUUGCAGAAAGACUGGAUGUGUAACUUAACAAUGAUAAGCAUGAUUCCGUGAAACCUGUCUACAAGGACCACUAACAGGUCUUUAUGGAGAGGUGCACUCAUACAAUGGCAUCUUUUGAAACACAAGUUAACGUGUGCAUUUGUGUGAACAAAGGAUAUACCUGAAGUACCCUUGAUUGGCAGAUGGUUUUAUUUAUAAUGGUUUUAUACAUGACUGCUGCAGCCUGAUUGGUAGAUGUGUAACUAAGCAACAACAAAAUAUGUUCUGUACAUGUAUGCUCUGUGCAGCCAAGUAAAACGGGAGGGAAAAUAACCCACAGUUCAUGGAUUUUUAUAAUCAUGGCCAUACCUAGCUUUGUAUUAUGUCAAUUUAUUGCACAAGUUCCAUUUUCAAACACCAAUAUCUGUACUCUACACCUUUUUCUUUCAUGCAGAUAUGUUCCUGUCCCACCCCCCACCCCCCCCUUUCUCUCUCCCUCCCCAUCAUUCACACUCUCAUACUCCCCGCGGGGGGUCUGGGGCACGCUUGAUUUAAGACAGAAUGUGAUUAUUCACCGUUUUUAAAGUAUCAUACCUACCCAGGGGCGAGAUAUAGCUGAGUAGGUAGAAUGCUCACUUGAACGAGAAAUAGCCCAAUGGGCCCACCGACGAGAAUCGAUCCUUGAUCGAUUGCGCAUCAGUCGAGCGCUUAAGGAGAGUAAUUUUUAGCCGCCACCUUUAACGUGAAUUUAAAUACUAGUAGUAUCAAUAUGGAAAUAUUAUUAAAUGGAUUCCCCAUAAUCUAAGUUAGGGAAGCAAUUAAUCACCCCCUAAUAAAAAAAAAUUCCAUGGCUAGUUCUGCAUUAAUCCUAUAUACAAGAACCCACCCACCCCCCACCCCACCACACACACCUUUCCGCUUUGGAUCUGCUCCUUCCCAUCUCGCCCAGCGAUCUCCAGCUAGGUAUGGUCGAUGUUACACGUGUUGCGGCCUGGUACUUAAUAAUAAGCGUGUGCUUCUGUAAAUAGUAUGAGUGAAACCGGUAUAACAUGUCAUAAAGAAAAUAAAUGGGAGAUGCAAAAUGUUUGUAAAGAUUGCAGCAUUGGCAAGUUACGAUUUCUGGAACCAGUCAUCCAAUUGCAGGCCCGUAGGAACCGGGUGUGUGUUUGGGGGGUGGGGGUGGGAGGUGGUCCCCCACUUCAUGACGAAAAUAUAUGUUUGUUUGUUUUUUUGCCCUACUCUAUUUAAACAUGGAUAAAGAUGUGACUUGUGCCCCUCCAUCCCCUCUAGAGAAAGUGGCCCCCUCAAUAGAAAUUAUGCCCCACCUCCCUACAGAUAUCGUUCCUACGGGCCUGGCUUAUGUUGUCAAAACUACUUUCUGUGUUGCAACAAACUGGGGAUAAAAGAGAAAAAGUAUGGCGCAAGAUAAACGUAAAUAUGCAGUUCAGCGAAUGAUAUCAUCCAAAUUAUUGUAUUUGUAUUCAUGUACAAAACCAGGUAAUAAAUUCUGUUUUAAUGUAAAUUCAGAA